CGGAAGCCUCUCCUAGUCGUUCAAUUCUAAACCCCUUCAAACGUCAAAGCCCUCCAAAGUCAAAACUCAGUUGCACACAAACUUCUGAGCUGUGUCAAGCUGAGAAUCGUCUGUAUUCAGAAAUGGCGAGCAAAUUCAAAGUCGGCGAGCUCCGCGCGGAGCUAGCCAAACGCGGCCUUGACAUUACGGGCACCAAACCCAUACUGGUGCAGAGGCUGGAAGAAGCUAUUCUGGAAGAGAGUAAACGUCAACCAACUAGUUCAAACGCUGUCCGGGAAAGUGGGAGUAGUCGGAAAAGACAGAGGGAUGAUUCUGAGAAAGAAGGCCCCGAGAAGGACAAUGUCACGGUUAAGGAAGAACUGAGGAGCAUGACUGUUAAGCGACUGAGGGAAGAAGCAAGUCAUAGAGGAAUUUCUAAUAUGGGGUCGAAGAAAGAACUAAUUGAAAGGCUUUCUUCUGCCAGUGAUGAUGGUCAUGGUCCUUCAGCAAAUGAUAAUUCAGUUGCCGUUGUUGAAGCUGAAGAAGAUAAUAAAGGGAAACUGGUCACAGUAACAAAGAAAGGUGCAUCUAUUUUAGAUCAAUGGCUUCCAGAUGACAUCAAGGCAAAUUACCAUCUUUUGCAGUGUGGAAAUGAAAUUUACGAUGCAAUGCUGAACCAGACAAAUGUCGGGCACAACAAUAACAAGUUCUAUGUCAUUCAAGCUCUAGAAUUUGAUGGUGGUGGGAAAUUUCUAGUCUACUACAGAUGGGGCAGAGUUGGUGCCAAGGGUGGAACGAAGAUCAUGGGUCCCUAUACAUCUCAAUAUGAUGCCAUUCAGGAGUUUGAGAACAAGUUUUAUGAAAAAACUAAGAACCAUUGGUCUGACCGUAAGGACUUUGUCUGCCACCAAAGGCAAUAUAUGUGGUUGGAAAUGGACUACAGUCAAAAUAGAGAAGAUCCAUCAGUUUCAGAAGAUCAUAACGCUUGUAUUAAAAGCCAGCCCCGUCAAACAAAGUUAGAACCGCCGAUUGCCAAGUUCAUCUCUCUUAUUUGCAAUGUCAGCAUGAUGAAGCAGCAAAUGAUGGAAAUAGGAUAUAAUGCUGACAAGUUGCCCCUAGGUAAACUAAGCAAAUCAACAAUCUCUAAGGGGUAUAAUGUUUUGAAGAGGAUUGCCGAAGUCAUUAGCAAUUCAAAUAGAACAAUGCUUGAGAAUUUAAGCAGUGAAUUCUACACUGUCAUCCCUCAUGACUUUGGCUACAAAAAGAUGCGUGACUUUACGAUUGAUACCCCUCAGAAGUUGAAACGCAAAUUGGAAAUGGUGGAAUCUCUCGGAUUAAUUGAGGUUGCCACUAAGUUGCUGGAGGAUCCCACGGGUUUACAGGAUGAUCCUUUGUAUUAUCAUUAUCAACAACUCAACUGUCAAAUGACUCCAGUAGAAGUUGGGACUAAAGAGUAUUUAAUGGUUGAGAGAUAUAUGAAGAAUACACAUGCAAAUACGCACUCAAACUAUACUGUGGAUAUCAUUAAUUUAUUUAGGGUGGCAAGAAAUGGUGAAGGAGAAAGAUUCCAGAAGUUCUCCAACACUAGAAACAGGAUGCUUUUGUGGCAUGGUUCUAGACUCUCCAACUGGAUUGGCAUUCUCUCCCAAGGUUUGCGUAUUGCUCCUCCGGAAGCACCUGUGACUGGCUACAUGUUUGGUAAAGGAGUUUAUUUUGCUGAUAUGUUCUCUAAGAGUGCAAAUUAUUGCUAUCCAAGCUCUACAUCUAGGGAAGGCGUCUUACUUUUAUGUGAGGUAGCACUUGGAGAAAUGAAUGAGCUGCUAACAGCGGACUAUAAUGCGGACAAAUUGCCUAAUGGGAAGCUAAGUACAAAAGGAGUUGGUUCUACUGCACCAGAUGCUUCAGAAGCUUUUGCACUUGAAGAUGGUGUCGUUGUUCCCUGCGGGAAGCCCAAACAGCAGCCAGGCAUUAAGGGAAGCUUGUUGUACAAUGAGUACAUAGUUUACCAGGCGGAGCAGAUUAGGAUGCGCUAUGUUGUACAGGUGGAGUUCAACUUUGGAAAACGCCAGUGUUGAUAAUUUUUAUUAGAAUAUUAAAUAAAAUUACUACGUAGUUAGUAUCUUGAACUUCAUGGCUACAAACGGUUGUAUAAUAUCCAUAUGGGGUCACAGGGUUGUGAUCAAUGCAUUAGCAUUAUAAAAAAUUCUUGACCUGUUUCGCCCUA